CACCAAAAAUGCUUUCUUCUUUUUACAGCACGGUCACAAUGUUUUCCACAGUUCUUCUGAGUCAGAUCAUCCUCACACUGUUCUGCCAGGCACUUUGUUACGUGCCCACAAAGGAGGACUUGAAGUGUUUUAAUGACUAUGAGACAGAAAUGAAAUGCAGUCUCUCCUCUGACCGUCUCCAAAGCUGCUCUGGAUACAAGCUCAACAUCACACAUCCUGUAUUCAACAAGUUUGAAAAGUAUACAUGCAUCUUUGAAAGAAGUCAUCACAGUGACAAUUGUGAGUGCAAAAUUAAAGUGCAAGGGUUUGUUGCAACAGAGAUCUUCAAUACUACACUUCUGGAAGGAACAAAUGUUUUAUUAAGCGAAAGAUUCAUGACUUCAGACUUCAUCAAACCGAAAUCUCCAGUCUUAUCAGUGCAAAAGACUGAAAAUGGAAACUUUAAUGUAACUUGGGAUGACCAGUAUGACAAAAGUGGUUUGGUACGAAGAAAUUUUUUUGAAUCCUUGAGAAUAAAUCUGACCUAUGGCAUCAAAGGAGGACAUGAAAAUAUAUCCAAGACAGUGCCGAACACCGUGGGAUCCUUUGAGAUUGUGGCCAAAAAUCUCCAGCCAAAUACCAACUACAUUCUGACAGCAACAAUGAGCUCUGACUAUAAUGAUCAUAGUAUAUCUAGUGACCAGAACGCAACAGUUGAGUUCACCACCUGUAAGUCUAUCUAGAUUUGUCUCAAAUUCAUUACUGCAUGUGUAUUAAUAGUCUUAGAUAAUCCUGAUCAAUCUACUGUAUAUAUGUUUUACAGCCUUUUAUUGUUUGAUGCACAUUGAGAGUUACAUUUGUUAAUGUAAAAUGUAAAGUUAAUAUUACUGUUUUUAUUAUUAUUGCCGUGUCAGUCUUGUA